AUGUGUGAUAUUGCUGCGCAGAACGUCUUUGGUCCUACCAUUGGCACCGGCUGUCGCAAUGGGUUUGACUUCACUUUGCUGUUCGAAGAGUCGUUUUUUACCAUCCUUCCUUGUUCGUUGUUUCUGCUAUGUCUGCCUCUGCAGCUAUAUCGGAGUCGCACCCCUCCACUAACUCGCCGGGGGCUUUUGUUCCCCGGGAAACUGAUUGCCCAUGUGAUAUCGAUCUGUGUGAAGAUUACGCUAUUGGUAUUGGUGCUUCUUCCCCAGCUGCAGAUCCCUAAGACACGUACGACAGUGGCAGCAGUGGCUCUAGAUGCUGUCACCGCACUGGUAAUGGUCAUUGUAUCCUAUAGCCAGCAUUAUCGCUCUCCUCGACCAUCAACGCUGCUCCUCCUUUUCCUGAGCCUAUCACUGCCACUAAAUGGAAUCCGGGCCCGAACAAUAUGGGUGGCGCAGACCCACUUGUUCUGUGCUGUCUUCAUCGCUGGCCUGGGCUUGGACCUGGUGAAGCUUUUGCUUGAGUCAGUUGAACAGAAACCGUUCCUCACCAACGAAGCCACAAAACCACCACGAGAGACCAUUGCGAAUGUGUUCAACCGUAGUAUGUUUUGGUGGUUGAAUCCGCUCCUGGUCCAAGGAUUCCAAGAUGUCCUUGAAGCCGACAAACUUCUGUCCAUUGAUGCCCGUGUCAACGAUGCAGCAGGCAGGGAUCUAUUUACGCGAAAAUGGGACGCAGGUCUGCAUCCCUUCAUGUGUUUUAUUGGGCUAUGCCGUGAGAUCUAUGCUAACUAUCUCUUAUCGAAUAAUACAGUGCAGACCAAGUCUUCCUCUGCCUUAACGAUGCUCUUGAUCGUUCACCAUAGAUGGGCCAUUGCAUCUGCCUUCCUACCUCGACUUUGCAUGACAGGCUUUACCUUCGCGCAGCCAUUCCUCCUAACGCGCGUGGUCAGCUUUGUCUCCGACGCCAAUGAUCCCCUCAGCCAGAACUAUGGAUACGGGUUGAUUGUAGCCACCAUGUUAAUCUACUUGGGACUGGCUAUUACUACCGCUAAGAGCCAACACAAGACGUUUCGUUUGAUUACCAUGCUUCGUGGUAGCAUCGUGCCGCUCGUAUAUCGACACACGAUGCACUUGGAUGUUGGCGUCGCACGGGACUCGGCUGCUUUGACUCUGAUGAGUGUAGAUGUUGAGCGUAUCAGCUCCGGCCUGCAGUAUGUCCACGAGGUUUGGGCCAGUCCUAUUGAUAUCGGACUCGCCCUGUGGUUGCUAGAACGGCAGCUGGGUCUGGCCGUUGUUGCAUUUGCAUCUGUAUUCCUUUUGUGUACGCUCCUUGGCCUUGGUGUGGCCAGCACUAUGGGUGGACGACAGCAAAGAUGGCUUCAGGCUAUUCAAAACCGUGUGCAAGCCACAUCGGAGAUGCUGAAGAGCAUGAAGGAGGUGAGACUAGGUGGCUUGCAGAAUCUGAUGGCAGACAAGCUCCGCGGACUACGGGCAGUAGAAGUUUCAGAGUCGACACCAUUCAAAAGAGCGUUGACUCUGAUUGUUACUUUGUCCUAUACUACCACCUCCACCGGCCCGCUCCUGGCAUUUACCAUGUACAGCCUGCUGGCGAAACGAAAUGGGUCCACCAUGCUCAACUACGAUAAGGCCUAUACCGCUCUAUCGCUUUUUGCCCUUCUGCAGGCACCUAUGGCCUUGAUACUGGACGCCAUUGCAGGAUUAGUCUCCGCCUUGGGUGCCCUGGCUCGAAUUGGCGAGUAUUUGUCAAAACCCACGGGCAGCUAUGGCGAAAAAAGCCGACUUCCCCAUUAUUCGACCUCUACUGUACUUGAGUAUCCAGACCUCGACGAGAAGAAGUAUCCGACCAUGGUAAUGGCACAGGGAUUUAGUGCUGGUUGGGAACCCCAAGGAGCUAUGAUUCUCAGGGACCUCACCUUUGAGGUUCGACCGUCAAGUAUCAACUUCGUGGUAGGCCCAGUGGCCUGUGGUAAAACCACCUUGUUGCUGGCCAUCCUCGGCGAAGUCAGUCAUCAUGAAGGCCGCCUGGACGUGGCAGUGCCUCGGGUAGGCUACUGCAGCCAGACGCCGUGGAUAACAAAUGGUACCAUUCAACGUAACAUUUUGGGCACUAGUCUCUAUGACCAACCAUGGUAUGACAGGGUCGUGGAGAUGUGUCUUCUCAGAGAUGACAUUUCCACUUUCCCCCACGGAGAUCAAGAAUGGGUCGGGAACAGCGGUAUGACUCUAAGCGGUGGUCAAAAGGCUCGACUGGCCAUUGCACGCGCUGUCUACGCCAAGGAAAAGGUCCUUCUUCUCGAUGAUGUCUUCAGUGGACUGGACGGAAACACUGAAGAAAACUUGUUUCAUAACCUGUUUGGCCAGGAUGGGCUUCUGAAGGAGGCGGAGAUCACGGUCAUAUUGGCCACCCAUGCUGUUCAACGUCUCGUCUACGCAGACAAUGUCAUCAUCUUGGACUCGGACGGGCACAUUGCAGACGAGGGCACUACCAGCGAGGUGAUUGCAACUGCUAAAGAGAUGGCAUUUAGCCCAUCGGAAAAGAAGCAAGGUUUUGUAUCGUCCAACAACGCCGAGGACGAUCUUACAAGGAUACUUUCCACCGAAGAAGCGCCUAGGGGGAGGACCGUCGGACUGGCGAUACAGCGGUUUACAAAUACUAUAUCCAGACGGUUCACCCCCUCAGCGCAGCGAUAUUUUUCGUUGCAUGCUCUGUCUUUGUUGUGGGACUCAUCCUGCCCCGUGAGUAUUACCUACCUCCUUUAUCUCGGCGGAUACGCAGGUUUAUCUGCACUGGCAAUUCUCUCACUUCCUUUCGCAGUCUGGCACCUUACUGAACGAAUGUUGCCACGGGCGUCGAUGCAAUUCCAUGCGUCUCUCCUCACCACCGUUCUUCAUGCGCCCUUGCAGUUCUUCUCAACCACUGACGUAGGCACAACCCUGAAUCGCUUUGCUCAGGAUCUCCAAUUGUCCGAUAUGGAACUGCCGCUAGCACUCUUCAACACUUCAGUGGAAUUGCUACUCUGCACAGCCCAGCUGAUUAUCAUUGCGAUAUCCUCCAAAUGGAUUGGCAUUGCCUUGCCAGCACUAAUGGUGGUGUUCUAUCUGAUUCAGAAGUUCUAUCUGCGAACCGCCCGGCAGCUUCGACUUCUUGACAUCGAAGCCAAAGCGCCUUUGUUCUCUACUUUUCUCGAGCUCAUCUCUGGUCUCGCCACCAUUCGCGCAUUUGGGUGGCAGAUCGAAUUUGACAACCGUAAUCGCGAGGUGUUUGAUCGUUCCCAGAAGCCUUUCUAUCUGCUAUACUGCGUGCAACGCUGGUUGAACCUCGUUCUAGAUCUGGUGGUUGCAGCAGUGGCUAUCAUGGUUGUGACCAUCGGUGUGCGUACUCAGGGACAGGUUGAUGCUGGCUUCAUGGGCAUUGCAUUGGUGAACAUCGUGCAGUUAAGUAUCAGCAUCAAAGCUUUCCUUUCGAACUGGACCCAGCUGGAAAUUUCUAUCGGUGCAGUCUCUCGCAUUAGGUCAUUUGUUUCAGACGCACCGUCGUCAGAUGGAGAAGGAACCGGGACGGUUAUCCAUACAAGGUGGCCUGAGAAGGGACAGAUCAUAUUCCAGGAUGUGACAGCGCGAUAUGAAGGCUCCCCCUACCCGGUGAUUCGAAAUCUUACUCUGUCGAUUGCGCCAGGGGAGAAGUUUGCUUUGUGCGGGCCGAGUGGAAGUGGUAAAUCAUCCAUCGCUUCUUGCCUCUUCCGUCUCCUCAUCCCAUGUGAGGGGAAUAUUACCAUCGACGAUGUGGACAUCUCUACGGUAGCUCGCGACACACUCUACGCUCGCUUAAUCUGCGUCACGCAGUCGCCCCAUCUAAUCUCCGGCUCUAUUCGAGAGAACGUCGACCCCUUUGAUGCAAAAACUGAUGACCAAGCAAUCGAGCUGGCGCUUAAAGAGGUGCAUCUCUGGGAGACAGUAGCCUCGCGAGGCGGAAUUCAUGCCCAACUCUCUGAAGGCCUAUUCAGUGUUGGGCAGCAGCAACUACUGUGUCUCGCCCGCGCCAUGAUUCGUCCAGGCUCCGUGGUAGUGUUGGACGAGGUCACAGCCAGUGUGGAUCGGGAGACUGACCGCCAAAUGCAAGAGAUUAUUCGCCGCCACUUUGCAUCUCGUACAGUGAUCACGAUUGCGCAUCGCAUCUCUACGAUUCUGGAUGCUGAUCGUGUCGCCGUCGUCUCGGACGGAGUGAUUGUUGAGCUGGGCCCUCCAGCGGAACUAUUGGCUCGUGAGCCUCGCAGUCUGUUCCGUGGUCUCUACGAAGCUACUACAGCCUCCAACCAAUCUUGUGAGACAUUGCUGGAGGUGCAGUAG